GGUCUCAACCGGCUAAAGUGCGGUGGUGUAUGAACGUCCCAAAUUAACCGGCUCAUUUUUCCGCAGUGCAACAUACGCAGCGAAGAUGGCGUCGGCCUUUGGUCGCCUGACCAGGCUCUCCGCAUUUAAAAACACUGGUAUGACAUUAUUUUCUUCAGUCAAGGGCUCGGGAACAACAAAGAUCAUUUUUCGGACCGCUGUAUGCACUGAAACCGGUGGCAUUCAACCAAAACCUAAGAAGACCUCGUUUGGCCUGCUCCGUAUCGCUACGGUCGUUGUGCCAUUCUUGUACGUGGGAACUCUAAUCAGCAAGAACUUUGCCGCCCUGCUGGAGGAACACGACAUCUUCGUCCCAGAGGAUGAUGACGAUGAUGACUGAGGGCUCUGGAUAGUACGUAUGCGCAGAGGCUCAAAUACCCACAAAUCUGCGGUCGAAUGAGUGACGCGUGGCUAUCAUGUAGUAGAGAUGUGCCAAGUACCGGUUACUGUCACUCGUAUAUUUUCUUUCCUCUCCACAGGCAAGAGCGCUUCAGAAGUCGUUUUAAGACGAAGAUAUUGACCACCAAACAUCUGAUAACUCAAACUUUACAUUGUCCCUCAAAUCUCUGGGAUCCAUGUCCGCUUGUUUUACAUAGACAGCCGUUUAAUCUGGAUUAGACGAAGCAAUCCCAAUCUGGUCGUCUAUUUCUUGCAUGCAAAGACACCUCUUAGAAAUAAAAUUGCCACAACAAGGCCAUUUGUCACUUUGACUAAUAAGAAACACAGACAAACUCGUUGGUCACACAAAUCCAUCUGCAUCACUGUCAUUCCACUUUUGUGCUGAAGGAACAGGCAGGUUAAAAUCGUUCCUUUUGAGGGCCACUAACAUACAAUCUGAAAAUGUGUAUCAUGUUCUUACUGAAUCCCCUACCUCACAUUACUUAC